AAAAAAGCUGGGAGCUGAAGAGUUCUCUUGAAAUUUGUAAUCCUUUCCACAAGGUGGCGCCGUUGAGUCCGAGUAUCUGAAUAUUUUCAGCAGGUUUUUUUUUCUUUUUCAUUUCAUCUGCUUGAUACCAGAUCAGUGUCAUCAACUUCCCGCACCAGCAUUAAUAUUUACUAGUUAGCUUUAACCGGUUACAUUUAUUUUACAGCCUAAUAUGUGAAGAGAAAUUCGAAACCUGUAAAAAAAAAAAAAAUGGCGACCUCAACGAAACUCUAUACUGGAGCAGAAAUGCCACUUCUGGGUCUCGGUACAUGGAAGUCUAAACCUGGUGAGGUGACUGAGGCCGUGAAAGUCGCCAUCGCUGCAGGAUACAGACAUAUCGAUGGAGCGCACGUCUACCUUAAUGAGAAGGAGGUCGGAGAGGGCAUCAAGACCAUGAUUAACGAGGGCGUGGUGAAAAGGGAGGAGCUGUUUGUGGUCAGCAAGCUUUGGAGCACCUUCCACCAGAAAUCAGCCAUAAAAGGGGCGUGUCAGCAGACUUUGAGUGACCUGCAGCUGGACUACCUGGACCUUUAUCUGGUUCACUUGCCUUUGGGCUUAAAGCCUGGACCAGAUUAUUUGCCGCUGGACAGUGAAGGUUUUACCAUCAAUGAUGCCACCAAUUUUCUGGAUACCUGGGAGGGAAUGGAAGAGUUGGUGGACGCAGGACUGGUGAAGGCCAUUGGCAUCUCCAACUUCAACCGAGAGCAGAUUGAAGCUCUUCUGAAUAAACCAGGACUCAAAUAUAAACCUGCCAACCAGCAGAUUGAGUGCCACCCUUACCUGACGCAGGAGAAACUGAUCCCCUUCUGCCAGUCAAAGGGGAUUACAGUGACUGCAUACAGCCCUCUGGGUUCCCCUGAUAGACCCUGGGCUAAACCAGAAGAUCCGUCUUUGUUGGAGGAACCGAAGAUCAAAGCAAUUGCAGAGAAGCACAAGAAGACCACUGCUCAGGUCCUGAUCCGCUUCCAGGUCCAGAGGAACAUUGCUGUGAUCCCGAAGUCUGUAACUCCUUCACGCAUCAAGAAGAACGUUCAGGUGUUUGAUUUUGAACUGAGCGAUGAUGAAAUGAAGACCAUUUUCAGCUUCAACAGGAACUACAGAGUUUGUUCCUUUCACUGGGGCGUGAAGCACAAAGAUUAUCCAUUUAAUGCUGAGUACUGAAACUGAAGAAUUUUGCUUGAAAAAACCCAAACAGCAGAAGAACAGCAAGGUUUACGUACGCUUUAAUUUUUUUAACAAUAUUUUUUUCAAGUACUCCUUACUUCAAUACAUAUCGUAAGAUGAAAAAAUAUGUAGAUUUUGCUAAAUGAUUAUUUUUGUUAUUAGUUUUAAAGGAAAAAGCACUAUAUUUCAUUACAAACACUUCAUCUGACAUGAAAGCACUUCAAAUACUCUUAAAUGCAACAGGGACUUCCUCACAAGAAAGAUAAGACAUUCAGACAGAGAGUUGCCUGUAAAGAGGAAGACAGCGAGGAUGCAGACCCAGAUAAAGAACAGGAAACCAGAUGAGAGAAAAGGAAUCGUGAGAUUAUGCUGAUAUAAGACACUGUGUGAACUUCUCAAUGUGAAUUUGCGAUUUGCUUUGUUCAAAUUAAAUCUUAUUCUGGCGAGACAAUUUAUUUGUAUGCUCUGCUGUAAUUAAAAAAUGUAUGAACAUGUAUCUGAUAUUUUAAUGUUUAUCAGCUUGCACAUGUUCCCUGAGUAAAGCCAGCAUACCCUAUAAAUAAACUGAUUUCUAUGCAUCCUG